AUGGCUCCUUGGACGCGGCUGGCACUUGUGCCUCUUCUUGCGCAGGCUGUGACCGCAACUCCGGUGCCAGAUGCAGCAUCCGAGGACGCUGUGCAACUGGACCAGCGUGACUCGGUCCCCGAAGGGUAUGAGUCUCCACCAUACUAUCCCACGCCUUAUGGCGGUUGGGCAUCCGACUGGGCUGAGGCCUACGAGAAGGCACAGCAGGUAGUUGAGAACAUGACCCUCGCGGAAAAAGUGAACUUGACAACCGGCACGGGUAUCUUUAUGGGCCCUUGUGUUGGCCAGACGGGAAGCGCGCCUCGAUUUGGGAUCCCGAAUCUGUGUUUACAAGACUCGCCACUGGGAAUCCGGAACACGGAUCAUAACACCGCGUUUCCGGCUGGAAUCACGGUGGGUGCAACCUUCAAUAAGGAUCUGAUGUACGCUCGGGGCGUUGGCAUUGGCCAAGAAGCUCGUGGGAAGGGAGUCAACAUCCAGUUGGGUCCCGCUGUUGGACCCCUUGGGCGCAAGCCGCGUGGAGGCCGUAUCUGGGAGGGCUUUGGUGCAGACCCAUCUCUGCAGGCAAUUGGUGGCGCGCAGACUAUCAAGGGCAUGCAGAGUACUGGUACUAUUGCAACAAUCAAGCACUUCAUCGGCAACGAGCAGGAGAUGUAUCGAAUGAGCAGUGUGCUCUCAAAGGGCUAUUCGUCCAAUAUUGAUGAUCGCACACUGCAUGAGCUUUAUCUUUGGCCCUUCGCUGAGGGUGUUCGUGCUGGAGUCGGGUCUCUCAUGACUGCGUAUAAUGAUGUCAAUGGCUCGGCAUGCAGCCAGAACAGCAAGCUCAUCAACGGCAUCUUAAAGGAUGAGCUGGGGUUCCAGGGAUUUGUCAUGACCGACUGGCUGGGGCACUACACUGGCGUCGGAGCUGCCCUAUCCGGACUUGACAUGAGUAUGCCUGGCGAUGGAGCCGUACCAUUGUUUGGCGACAGCUACUGGGGUUCUGAGCUGUCACGGUCUAUCCUUAAUGGCAGUGUUCCGGUCCCAAGACUCAAUGAUAUGGUAACUCGUAUCGUGGCUACGUGGUACAAAAUGGACCAGGAUGCAGAUUAUCCUUUGCCUAACUUCUCGACCAACACUGAAGAUGAAACCGGCCCUCUUUACCCAGGUGCUUUGUUCUCCCCCUCGGGAGUCGUCAAUCAAUAUGUCAAUGUGCAGGGUGAUCAUAACAUCACUGCACGUGCUGUCGCUCGCGAGGCCGUAACCUUGCUGAAGAACGAAGACAACAUCCUUCCUCUUCAAAAGAAUGACUCCUUAAAGAUCUUCGGCACUGACGCAGGUGGCAACUCUGAUGGACUGAACUCGUGCAGCGACCAGGGCUGCGACAAGGGUGUCCUUACCAUGGGCUGGGGCAGCGGCACCGCCCGGCUGCCUUAUCUCAUCACUCCCCAGCAAGGGAUCGCAAACGUGACUAAUAAUGCGGAGUUCUACAUCACAGACUCAUUUCCGUCUGAUGUGACGGCGUCUGCGAAUGAUAUCGCGGUUGUCUUUAUUAACGCUGACUCGGGCGAGAACUAUAUCACCGUUGAGGGCAACCCUGGAGACCGUACCGACGCUGGGCUGUAUGCCUGGCAUAACGGCGACGAGCUGGUAAAGGCGGCAGCAGCGAAGUUCUCCAAUGUCGUUGUGGUGGUUCAUACCGUUGGCCCUAUCCUGAUGGAAGAAUGGAUCGAUCUCGAAUCUGUCAAAGGCGUGCUUGUUGCGCACCUUCCCGGCCAGGAAGCUGGCAAUUCUCUCGCGGAUGUUCUCUUUGGCGACUACAGCCCCAGCGGCCAUAUGCCAUACACCAUUCCUCGCAGCGAGUCUGAUUACCCGGACAGCGUAAGCAUUAUCGAUCAGCCUUUCGGCCAAAUCCAGGAUACCUAUACCGAGGGUCUAUACGUGGAUUACCGGCAUUUCAUAAACGCCAACAUCACUCCCCGUUAUCCGUUUGGUCACGGCCUUUCUUACACUACCUUUAAUUUCUCGAAUCCUUCCAUGUCCGUGGUGACAGCGCUCGAUACCGCCUACCCUGCUGCUGCACCCGCGAGAGGGGCCACGCCAGUAUAUAACGAUUCUAUCCCAGCAGCCUCAGAGGUUGCCUGGUCCUCGACCACGUUCACCCGUAUCUGGCGCUACCUGUACCCUUACCUUGACAACCCCGAAUCUAUUACGGCGUCGGACGACUACCCUUAUCCGGACGGGUAUACGACGACCCCGCAUGCGGAGCCACGUGCCGGUGGUGGCCAGGGUGGAAACCCUGCCCUUUUCGACACGGCAUUCUCCGUCCAGGUCAAUGUUAAGAACACCGGCUCGCGGCCCGGCAAGGCUGUCGCCCAGUUGUAUGUUGAAUUGCCUUCUAGCUUGGGCCUUGACACGCCAUCGCUGCAACUGCGGCAGUUUGAAAAGACCACGACGCUUGUCCCCAACCAAUCCGAGACGUUGACACUCGAAAUCACGCGGAAGGAUGUGAGCGUCUGGGACGUCGAUGCACAGGACUGGAAAGCGCCCGUCAAUGGCCAGGGCAUCAAGCUCUGGGUUGGUAACAGCGUGGCUGACCUUCCAAUUCUCUGUGUUGUUGGUGGAGACUGUUCCUUCCAGUGA